AUGAAGGAAUUAUCAAAAGCAUUUUUGGUGGGUUGCAUGUGUUAUUACACGUAUACCCAAGGCCUUUGGGGAACUUCGUUUGAUUCUUCGUGUUUUCUUGGUAAAUUUAUCGAAAGAUGUCCUCCAGAAUCCGAAGAUGAAUUCAACGAAUAUAUAUCAGCAACACUUAUACAAUUGGACGAAGACGAACCUUGUGCGCCUUUCAUACCGCGUACCGAUUAUUUAUUAUAUCAAGCCGAGGCUCCAAAAGAAUUUUUAGAUUACUUGCGUAGUUUACUAUGGCCUCCACCGAAACCGAUAAUAAAAUCACCCUGCGAUAAAUGA